AUGACAAUAAAGCCACUGUUCCUCAACAAAGUGUUGGAGAAACAAAAAGAGGAUUUCAAAGAGGGUUUAGGCCUGAUCUUGGAGUUCAAAGCGGACAUCAAGAUGAAACCAGAGGCCAACCCAAAGUUUCACAAGCCACGCCCUGUUCAUUACGCCUUUACGAGAAAAGGUAGAAAAAGAACUGACAAGACUGGAGGGGGAGAACAUAAUCACCAAGGUACAUCGUGGAGUACCUAGGCCACCGGGUGGAUACAGAUGGGCUUCAUCCCACAGAAAAGAAACUCACAGCCAUUGUACUGAAGCCCCUCCACAAGCUGCUACAAAGCAACAAAUAGCGGCAAUGGAAAAAACUGUGCGAAUAUGUCUUCCACAAAAGUAAGCAGAUGUUACUGGACAGUCAGUGGUUGGUGCACUACGACACCAAGAGACCCUUACGCUUGGCUUGUGAUGCCUCGUUGUAGGGGUUUGGAGCAGUGAUUUCACAUGUUUUUGAGAAUGGGGGCGAAAGACCCAUAGCAUUUACCUCCCGAACCCUCAGUGCCAGUGAGAAAAACUAUGCGCAGAUGGAGAAAUAAAGGUUGGCUCUCUGAUCUUUGGAGUUAAGACAUUUCACAAGUAUCUUUAUGGCCGCAGAUUUACUGUAGUCACAGAUCACAAACCACUCCUGUUCAUCUUCGGACCGAAGACAGCCUACUCUGUCAAGCUCAAGAAUGCCACCAUUCUAUCAGCCUACCGGUAUGACAUCGAAUACCACCUCUCAACCGAACACUUUAAUGCUGACACAUUAUCCCGGGUACCACUGGAUGGAAUGGAGGCACCAGAAACGACUGGUAAUGUCUUCUACUUUGCAGCGUGGGACGACAUACUACUACAAGCCACAGACAUUGCCAUGGGGACAAAGAGAGACGCGGUGUUGUUCAAAGUGUUGGACUUCACAAUGCAUGGCUGGCCGAGCUAUGUAGAAAGAUAGGAGCUACAGGGAUACUUCACCAGAAGACUGCAGCUAUCAACUGACAAAGGCUGUCUACUCUGGGGUUGCCGAGUAAUCAUACCCACAGAAAUGCAAGUGAGUUUACUCACCGACCUGCAUGAGGGGCACCCUGGAAUGUGCCGCAUGAAGGCACUGGGAGAAAACCAUGUGUGUCUGCCAGCGCUAGUUAAAGACCUUGAAAACAAAGUGAAACAAUGUGACAUUUGUAUGUCAGUGAGGAACCUGCCAAACCCUGCAACGCUACACUGCUGGAAAUGGCCAAAUUGAGUGUGGCAGCUUUUACACAUUAGAAUUAGCAGAGAAGGAUCAACAGAAUUUCCUUGUGCUGAUUGACAGCCAUUCAAAAUGGAUUGAAGUGGAAGCCAUGACAUCGACUACAGUGACUUGCGAAAGUAUUCACCCCCAUGGCAUUUUUCCUAUUUUGUUGCUUUACAACGUGGAAUUAAAAUGGAUUUUUGGGGGGUUUGUAUCAUUUGAUUUACACAACAUGUCUACCACUUUGAAGAUGCAAAAUAUUAUUUAACAUUUAAAUGUUUCCCCUUAAACCACUCAAGUGUUGCUUUAGCAGUAUGCUUAGGGUCAUUGUCCUUCUGGAAGGUGAACCUCUGUCCCAGUCUCAAAUCUCUGGAAGACUGAAACAGGUUUCCCUUAAGAAUUUCCCUGUAUUUAGCGCCAUCCAUCAUUCCUUCAAUUCUGACCAGUUUCCCAGUCCCUGCCGAUGAAAAACAUCCCCACAGCAUGAUGCUGCCACCACCAUGCUUCACUGUGGGGAUGGUGUUCUCGGGGUGAUGAGAGGUGUUGGGUUUGCACAAGACAUUUUCCUUGAUGGCCAAAAAGCUCAAUUUUUGUCUCAUCUGACCAGAGUACCUUCUUCCAUAUGUUUGGGGAGUCUCCCACAUGCCUUUUGGCAAACACCAAACAUGUUUGCUUAUUUCUUUCUUUAAGCAAUGGCUUUUUUUCUGGCCACUCUUCCGUAAAGCCCAGUUCUGUGGAGUGUACGGCUUAAAGUGGUCCUAUGGACAGAUACUCCAAUCUCCGCUGUGGAGCUUUGCAGCUCCUUGAGGGUUAUCUUUGGUCUCUUUGUUGCCUCUCUGAUUAAUGCCCUCCUUGCCUGGUCUGUGAGUUUUGGUGGGCGGCCCUCUCUUGGCAGGUUUGUUGUGGUGCCAUAUUCUUUCCAUUUUUUAAUAAUGGAUUUAAUGGUGCUCCGUGGGAUGUUCAAAGUUUCUGAUAUUUUUUUAUAACCCAACCCUGAUCUGUACUUCUCCACAACUUUGUCCCUGACCUGUUUGGAGAGCUCCUUGGUCUUCAUGGUGCUUGCUUGGUGGUGCGCCUUGUUUAGUGGUGUUGCAGACUCUGGGGACUUUCAGAAUGGGUGUAUAUAUACUGAGAUCAUGUGACAGAUCAUGUGACACUUAGAUUGCACACAGGUGGACUUUAUUUAACUAAUUAUGUGACUUCUGAAGGUAAUUGGUUGCACCAGAUCUUAUUAAGGGCUUCAUAGCAAAGGGGUUGAAUACAUAUGCACGCACCAUUUUUCCGUUAUUUAUUUUAUAUACUUUUUUGAAACAAUUAAUUUUUUCAUUUCACUUCACCAAUUUUGACUAUUUUGUGUAUGUCCAUUACAUGAAAUCCAAAUAAAAAUCAAUUUAAAUUACAGGUUGUAAUGCAACAAAAUAGGAAAAACGCCAAGGGGGAUGAAUACUUUUGCAAUCCACCAAUACGAUCGACUAUAUGAGGAGGAUCUUUGCAGCCUAUGGGAUUCCUGAGGAGGUGGUCUCGGAUAAUGGCCCCCAGUUCCGGUCUACAGAGUGGGCCCAGUGGACCAGAGCAAACGGCAUUAAACACACCCUGACCCCACCGUACCACCCAGCCACGAAUUGCGUAGCAGAACGCUCAGUGCAGAUACUGAAGCAAGCUUUGGUUAAGGUUGUUCCUCAGGAGCACAUAACACAGACCCACCUGUCUGAAACACCACAGGAGCACAACCCACUCGCUGACUGGGAGGACGCCUGCGGAACUGUUCCUCAAGCGGGAGAUCCACACACAACUGACUUUGUGUCAUGUGAAUUUCUAUCUCUAAUUCAACCUAAGCUUGAAUCAUUACCAGAGGUUGUAAAGCUCUGGUUUUAAUCAUCAAUGAUUCAAGGUCCACAAUCCACAAGUAAUUAUCGGUAAAUUUUAUUCAAGGAGAGCUCUGCUCAAAAACACAAAUAUCCUGUUUUUUAUACCCCUUGACAAACAAAGACACUAUGCUCCUCCCACCUUUAGGUGGCUUUCUUAAACAGUUCCCGCCUUCCCCCUUGAAUGGUUAGUAACGCCCCCUCUGUUAGUGGGUUGACACUACAUGAUAAUUCUAACAUUUAUACUGUGUUUGGGGUGAAAUUCUUUAGUCAUUAUUCUUAAAAUCCAAAUUAAUCUAACAAUCCACCCCUUUGACUAAAUAUUCCCACAUUCAGGAUAAAUGUAUUUUACAAGCAUGAUUAAUCUCAGAGAUCACAUCAGAACUAAUAAACAUUUAAUCCAAUUGCGGUCUUUCAGGGUCCAAAUCCUCGUCAUCCACCAAGCCUGGAGGAUUGUUUUUCACAUUCCCCUGGUCAGAGUCCGGAGUCAGUCCAUCUCUCAUUGUUUAGAUACUGCAUUUCAUCAACGCCUGACUCACCAAUCCUCGGACACAGGGAACAAGACAACAACCACAUAAUACAAGAAUACCCAUACAAACACUGAUCGCUCCUAAGAUGGUGGCUGCUAGGGUUUUCCAUUUACCAAAUAUUUAAUCAAACCACCCUAUCCACAAUGUACUAACUUCUGAGUUCAGUUCAUCCUUCACUUAGUGCAGUUAAUUCUGUAAGAGCUCUGGUGACUGUCCCAUCCGGUGUGGUGUUGUUAGGGAUAAAUAUGCAACAAUGGCUUAUCUUUCUAUAGACACCGGCCCUUUCUGCCUGAUCUAGAACCAACCUCUACUAAGUUAUGAGCGGGAUGGCGGAUAAUCGCUCAGAGAUCCCCUUUACUGCAUCACUAGUCUUGUCAAUAAAUCGUUGUUGGUUGUAAUAGAUAUAACUUAUCCAAUCCAUAUUUUUGUUUGUCACCCACCAGAAAUUCUUUGUGGUAAAACUCUCCCAUAUUUGAUUUAUAGCUUUGUAUUCGUCUGGAACACCCCUGGGGAUGCCUAUACCAUCUAUCCAAAUUGGGCUAUUUCCUUCCUGACUUAUUUAUUUUUCUCCUAAUUAUUCUUCCUGUCACUGGUCUUUGAUUACCAAUUCUUACAGGUUGGACCAAAAAUACUGGUGCACAAGUACCCACCCAUCCCUCUGGUAAUGCCUGCCGAAUGCUCCCUUUUUUAGUGUACGCCCACCACACAUCAGUCAGAGGGAUGGUUAGGUUCCUAAUUUUUUUCCCCCUUCCUUCCUUAUCUAAAUCAGUCACAUUCAUUAUCUCCUUACAGCCAUCAAAAUCACCCAAGUUACGGGUGCCAUUUCUAUGUCUGUAACACUGGUAUUCGCCAGGAGUUAAAGUGAAUCUAGGUGGGCUGGCCGAGUAUGUCAAUUUUGCCAGCCCAAUCCCUGUGCAAUUUGGCUCUUUUUGAUUGGACCCCAGGUCUAAUACACAGGGAAACAUUGCCUUUGGCAUUGGGGCGGUCAACAUUGUUGGUCGCCCAAUGGAGCAUGCAUAACAAUUGGUCUCCCCCAAGGCCCUAGCGGUGUAUUUCAUCCACUUUAACCAGAGAUUCUCAUCAGGGACCCCCUCCACUUCCCCAUUGUUCCAUUCUUGGAGGAGAAAAUCUUUCAUAGUGGACGGGUUAGUUGAAUUGACUCCGUCAUCCCUUGACUGAUUUACUCGGUCUUUUGCUGUUAGUGGAUUAAUGACAGUACCUGCUCCCUCUAUAUCUUUUGACUCCAUCAAAUAUAAUCUUAGACAAGUAUCCCGUCCGUAUUCGUCCGCGCAAGCCCAGUAAGUUCUUCUCAUGUCCUCUUUAGUGACUUUUACUAUUGUUACUACCAUUUCCGUGGGGAUGUCGUUAUACCUUCUUAUCCUCCAUCUUGACGUCCAGCCCCCCCCCCGUCUCAUAUCUCCAUCCCCCAGUAUAUCUAAAUACCUGAGCCCAGGAACAAUCUGCCGAGGGAGCUGAACAUAAAUACAACGGGAUCUUAUAAUCCCCUGUUGCUUGCUUAUCCGCUCUGAUAAGAUCCCUAAUCCUAAUUUUGAAUCUUACUCCCCACCCCUCUCUGACUCCUAUUUUGUAGAUCACUCGCCCUUGACGGUCAGUAUGUCGGGUCGCUUCCCUUUAUUUCUUAAAAAUGUUGUAAGGCCAUAGCGUAAUUGGUGCGAGGUGGUGGUGGAUUUUGACCUACCACGACUAUCGCCGAGACUAUGAUGCAGCUCAGGGUCACCCAUAUUCCCAAAAACCGCCAACCCUCUCCUGUCUUGAGUCCUUCUGCUCGGUACCACCCCAUACUCACACCCUAGGAACACACUACAGUGAUGAUAGGUCUGGGUAGGAGAUCUUCGUUGACAGAGAUGACCCCCGCACCCUGUGGCGCAGUUCCGCUCGUCAACUCUGCGUGUGCUAAGCGGUGCUUGUAUGUGGUCCUACCUUCUUGCAGUGGGUAACAUGGACCCAGGUUCCUCUCUCUGCUAUUCUAAUGGCCAAGGUGGUUACCAACAUAACCUGAUAGGGCCCUUCCCAACAGGCCUGCUUCCAGUUUUCCUUCUAGUGACUGGAUGCUCACCAGUCACCUGGUUAGAUAGUGGGUCACCUUCUCCUUUAGUUCACCUGUGGGGCACAAAACCUCUGACAUACGGGUGUGGUUAAUAAACUAUCUUCACACAUGUUCAGAUUAAUGUAACAAUUUCUGACUGCAUUCUCUUUUUAGACUAUCUAAAAAAUGUUUUUUUUUUUUUUGUAUUUUGUCCUCUCCUUCGUAUAUUAUCUAAUACAAUUAGCCUCUUCCCCCCUCUUGACACAUAGUUCUGCUUAUGUGUCAAUUUUUUCCACCUUCCUAAACAUUCCCUUAGGUUAUUUAUCAACCAAUUGCCAUGCCUUUCAUUUUUGAGAUUGUCUUUUGCUUCUUUAUUGCUCCUCCCACUUCCUUUGUCUUUAUGGCGGCUAAAUUCGACUUUCAUUCAGUUCAGAAUCAAUUAGUAAUCCAAUCAAACAAUCUCUUAUCUUGUAAAAACUGCAAUAAUUAUCAAUAAUAAUUAUAAUAACUAUUACGGAUUAUAUUGUCCUUUUUCUGAUGUUCCAAUUGUAGUCUAUUCAUUUUAGUUUAAAAUAUAAAGUUAUUUAUAACAAAUCUAGAACCCACCACAGGCUGGCGCUAUUCCCCCAGCACAACAGCCAAUGCCACUUGCUUCCUUGUAACGAAAAUAAAUUAUAGUUUUAAAAUUUUCCAAUUAUUUGUAUUCCAUGCCUUUCAUUUUCAGUUCGCUAUUCAAUAUAUUUAACAGUUUUCUCUGAUUCGGCCCCAAUCAAUAAAACAAAUGCUUGAUAUUAUUUAUCAGCAUACACUUAAUGACAUUCCUACCAUUUGAACGAUGUCCUGUCUCUCAUUCCCCCCCUCUCCUGCUCCUUCCUACAUUAUGGGGGAGGCGCGGGAAACUUCCCUACAAUCUAUCUUCUUAGGAAAUAAUGUCAUUCGUACUUGUAACAUAUUUUCAUAGAUUAUUUAGAAUACUACUAAAGUUAUCUUAUGCAACUUUUAAUACACGUAAAAACUCUCUCUCCACCCAUUCUCUAUUGAAUAAGUGCGUCUUCCUAGUUACCCCAUAACCACGCCUCAAAUCUUUUAUUUAGCAUUUAACCAACCAAAUACUAAGUAGUAUCCGGUUAUCAUUCAUACCCGCCGUUGAAUUUCCUCAUACACACAUAUUUCACCUUAUGCCAUUCAAAUGCCCAACACAACAGAAUAGUUCAAUUCAACUCUCUAUUGGUUUUUCAAGUCGCUCCGGACCAGAGCGUCUGCCAACUGACCAAAAACGCAAAUAUUCUCCACCUUCUCACCCAUUACGUACGUCUACGUUUGAGUGCGAAAGUUCAGACACAUGCAUAAUAAUAUGCCAUCUAGCAGACGCUUCUAUCCAAAGCGACUUACAGUCAUGCGUGCAUACAUUUUUUAUUAUGUGUGGUCCCGGGGAUCGAACCCACUACCUUGGCGUUACAAGCGCCGUGCUCUACCAGCUGAGCUACAGAGGACCACAUCGUUGGACUUUAUAGGUACAGUGGGGAAAAAAAGUAUUUAGUCAGCCACCAAUUGUGCAAGUUCUCCCACUUAAAAAGAUGAGAGAGGCCUGUUAUUUUCAUCAUAGGUACACGUCAACUAUGACAGACAAAAUGAGGAAAAAAAAUCCAGAAAAUCACAUUGUAGGAUUUUUUAUGAAUUUAUUUGCAAAUCAUGGUGGAAAAUAAGUAUUUGGUCAAUAACAAAAGUUUCUCAAUACUUUGUUAUAUACCCUUUGUUGGCAAUGACACAGGUCAAACGUUUUCUGUAAGUCUUCACAAGGUUUUCACACACUGAUGCUGGUAUUUUGGCCCAUUCCUCCAUGCAGAUCUCCUCUAGAGCAGUGAUGUUUUGGGGCUGUCGCUGGGCAACACGGACUUUCAACUCCCUCCAAAGAUUUUCUAUGGGGUUGAGAUCUGGAGACUGGCUAAGCCACUCCAGGACCUUGAAAUGCUUCUUACGAAGCCACUCCUUCGUUGCCCGGGCGGUGUGUUUGGGAUCAUUGUCAUGCUGAAAGACCCAGCCAUAUUUAAUCUUCAAUGCCCUUGCUGAUGGAAGGAGGUUUUCACUCAAAAUCUCACGAUACAUGGCCCCAUUCAUUCUUUCCUUUACACGGAUCAGUCGUCCUGGUCCCUUUGCAGAAAAACAGCCCCAAAGCAUGUUGUUUCCACCCCCAUGCUUCACAGUAGGUAUGGUGUUCUUUGGAUGCAACUCAGCAUUCUUUGUCCUCCAAACAAGACGAGUUGAGUUUUUACCAAAAAGUUAUAUUUUGACCAUAUGACAUUCUCCCAAUCCUCUUCUGGAUCAUCCAAAUGCACUCUAGCAAACUUCAGACGGGCCUGGACAUGUACUGGCUUAAGCAGGGGGACACAUCUGGCAAUGCAGGAUUUGAGUCCCUGGCGGCGUAGUGUGUUACUGAUGGUAGGCUUUGUUACUUUGGUCCCAGCUCUCUGCAGGUCAUUCACUAGGUCCCCCCGUGUGGUUCUGGGAUUUUUGCUCACCGUUCUUGUGAUCAUUUUGACCCCACGGGGUGAGAUCUUGCGUGGAGCCCCAGAUCGAGGGAGAUUAUCAGUGGUCUUGUAUGUCUUCCAUUUCCUAAUUAUUGCUCCCACAGUUGAUUUCUUCAAACCAAGCUGCUUACCUAUUGCAGAUUCAGUCUUCCCAGCCUGGUGCAGGUCUACAAUUUUGUUUCUGGUGUCCUUUGACAGCUCUUUGGUCUUGGCCAUAGUGGAGUUUGGAGUGUGACUGUUUGAGGUUGUGGACAGGUGUCUUUUAUACUGAUAACAAGUUCAAACAGGUGCCAUUAAUACAGGUAAUGAGUGAAGGACAGAGGAGCCUCUUAAAUAAGAAGUUACAGGUCUGUGAGAGCCAGAAAUCUUGCUUGUUUGUAGGUGACCAAAUACUUAUUUUCCACCAUAAUUUGCAAAUAAAUUCAUUAAAAGUCCUACAAUGUGAUUUUCUGGAUUUUUUUUCUCUCAAUUUGUCUGUCAUAGUUGACGUGUACCUAUGAUGAAAAUUACAGGCCUCUCUCAUCUUUUUAAGUGGGAGAACUUGCACAAUUGGUGGCUGACUAAAUACUUUUUUCCCCCACUGUACCUCUCAAAUAAUCGCUUUGUGGUGUUUUUAGCCAAUUCUUAAUUGACACGAAUCAUUUUUUCAAACAUUUUACCCGUUGAACCAAAUAUAUUGACUGCCAUCCUCCUUUUCCCCUGCAGUCACGAUGGUUAAAUAUUCCUUUGUCCCUGUUAAAGCAUUUUCGCGCUUAAAAAAAACACACUCGCUGUCUCUAGCCCCUCCUUCCGCUGUUCUUUCAACUUAGUUCCAGUCUACAUGCAUCUGUUUGAUCAUAACUUCUAAUUUUUCUACUUCGAGAUGCCCAAUAAAUUCAUACCUCUUCUCCCAAAUGGAUCCAUAAAACAUAUUUCUUUCAUCUCCCGUUAAUUCUCGGACUUGUUUAGAAGAUGUCUUUCCCAUGGCGGAACAAUAAGAAAUCCCUCCCCCCUUUUUGUUUUUUAAAUAAUUCACUCCCGAAUUAUUUUCGUAGGAGCUAAUCUCUUAGUGCGCCUCUUGCUUUUGUAAUUAACCCUUUAAAAUUAUUUAACCCCUAACCCAGAGUUUCUAUUUAAAACUCCGGUUUCAUGAAAAGAGUAAGUUACCCAAUUUUCCUCACGCGACUUAUUUUUUCCUCCACCCCUGAAAUAAUGAUCACGUCUCCCGAGGGAUUAAGUCUCACACAUAUACGACCUUAUCAUCUGUCAAACUUGUUUGCAAAGUUCUAGCAAAUGCCCAGUCGUAUAUAGAACUCCUGACACAUCCCUCUCACACGAUGAUAAUUAUUUCCCUGUUUAUACUGUCAUACUGCAAUUCGUACAAUGACAAUAUUAACUAGUUUACAUUUGUGAUUGCAAUUCACUUUCAUGUCAUUUCGGACUAGUUUUUUUUUUGUAAUAGCUAUUUACCUCUAGGAUCAAUUGCGGACCCUUCCUGUCGUAAUAAUUAUUACCUUCUUUGACUUUGGUAACUAAGUUCAACUCAUUUUACCAAAAGCCAUGAAUAAAAAUUACUGACCUUUUCCUCGCAGUCUGGAUUAAAAUGCUUUUUCAAACUUGUUAACGUCUUUAUCGUUCAUAAAGAGUAAUCACCGGCCUGUUUAUUAACCUUAACGUCGAAGGCCAGGACUAUUCUUCACGGAUGCGAUCACCCGGCCGUGCACGGAUUUCGGUGUCUCUAGAACGAUAAAGAUGUAUUAAGCUCCGCUCGAAGGACCAAUCUGUCAUGUGAAUUUCUAUCUCUAAUUCAACCUAAGCUUGAAUCAUUACCAGAGGUUGUAAAGCUCUGGUUUUAAUCAUCAAUGAUUCAACGUCCACAAUCCACAAGUAAUUAUCGGUAAAUUUUAUUCGAGGAGAGCUCUGCUCAAAAACACAAAUAUCCUGUUUUUUAUACCCCUUGACAAACAAAGACACUAUGCUCCUCCCACCUUUAGGUGGCUUUCUUAAACAGUUCCCGCCUUCCCCCUUGAAUGGUUAGUAACGCCCCCUCUGUUAGUGGGUUGACACUACAUGAUAAUUCUAACAUUUAUACUGUGUUUGGGGUGAAAUUCUUUAGUCAUUAUUCUUAAAAUCCAAAUUAAUCUAACACUUUGUUAAAACCACAAUUGGAAAAAGCUGUAGAUGCACAGCGGGACAGACAAAAAGCAUCCCAUGAUGUGACACAUCACACAGUACAUCAGAUUGUGGAAGGUGAAAAACCGGAGAGGGGGGUGGGUGUAAAUGGGUGAAAGCAGUUGUAGAGCAAAAGAGGGGACCUCGAUCAUUUGUGGUCAGAAUCGGUGAGGAUCUGAGGCUCCAGCACCUGAAUCAUCUGUGGAAGGUAACUUGGGAAGACAUGGUGGAUGAAGGGGUGUCUCAACCGCAUGGCCUGGAGGCCCUACCACCACUAAGGGGAGCACCGGCAGUGACUCCUCUGCCACAUCUGCCAAACCCAGUGGCAGUCAAACAGUCAGAGACAGAAAUAGAGCAAGGGGAACAAGGGCAGAUGCCCACCACAAGCCCCACAUCAAGCCCACCUGAAGACAGGCGAUAGCCUGUCCACCAAAGGAAAGCCCUUAUGAAACUUACCCUUAACAAAAAACAGGGGGAAAAAAGGGUGAGACCCAAAGACAGUAAAAAAAAGACAUUGUUCUAAAGAGAAUGCUUUGAGUGUUUAAACCAUGGACUUUGAGAAGAAAAAAAGACUUAACUUGUUGUGUCAUGAAUGUUUAGAGCUCAGUAGCCGCCUGUGCGCGGUUGAGGUGAUCGGGGACACGCGGGGUGCGCAUGUGUUGUAUUGUAUGGCAGUCAUGGAAUAAACUAUUAAACACUCUGAAUCUGAAUCUGAAAAAAAAUCUAAGUUCAGUAGUUAUUUUCUAGUUAUGUAUAGCCAGAAGUCAUAGUAUAACCUUCUCAAGGGUACACCACAGGAUAUUACAGGAACAAACAAAACAAUGUAAGGCAUACAGAAUUUGUCUUAAUCUGCAUUUACUGUAGUUAAUUUAGACAACACCACUAACAGAGUGGAGCUUGGUCCCAUAUCAAGGCUGGCAUUGCUCCAUCAGUGAUCAUUUGCAGACUGGGUUACUGCAGAACACAUUGGGUGCAUCCCAAUAAUAUCUCCUUUCUAAAGUGUGUACUUGUUCACUUCCCUUUGUAGAUUUGAAAGGAAAUUGUUGGUAUAUGGAAACUCCGUCUAGCCCAUGCCUACGCCAAUCCAAUGCUUUGAAACAUUUGUGGGGAGGAGUGAACGAGUGCACACUUUAGGAGGAAAGAUAGAUUAUUGGGAUGCACCCCCAGGAUAUGUUAUUCCACCCUCCAGACAGUCAGACAACGCAUGGUUCUCUCACACUGUAUCUUCUCCACGUAUCUUUCAUUAUUUCAUCGUCAAUGAGUGUGUCCAAGUGCACUGGCAGUAGUGGACAUUACCAGUCCAGGGUUAGUUUAAUCUGUUCAGAGACUAAUUGAUUGUUCUGUCUGCCUGUCUGUCUGUCUGCGCGUGUGUGUGUCGCGGUCUAUCUGUCGAUUCCCCCAUCUAGCUGGAGGCAGAGGCUGUGUUCCGCGCCAUCACCAUUGCCAGCCAGACCAACUGCCCCCUGUAUGUGACCAAGGUCAUGAGCAAGAGUGCUGCCGACAUCAUCUCACAGGCCAGGAAAAAAGGUACACAGAUUUCCAGUGUGGCUGUGAUUGUGCUUUAAUUACUGUGUCAAGUAGGCAGCUAACUUAGAUAUUUGUUAGUCACAAUGAAUGCAUAGAAACAAGAUAAUCUAUCUUUCAUAUCAGAACACGAGAGCUAUGUCUUUACCUGCAUGUCCCUUGAAGGUAGUUCAAGGUUGUCCUCACCUCUUAGUGCAACUUCACUGUUGCCUCCUAAACUCUCCUAUUCUGUCAGAUGAUAGGAAUGCACCUAUGCCCUUAUAUGCUGAUUCUGGUGUCUUGGUUCACACUCUAGAUUUACACUAUAGGUCUGGUCUGGUAGACACACCGGAUACAAGAUGAAUCCCUAACUUAUCACCCGGAGCUCACCGUAGCGAACUGUCAGAAACCUGUCUCUGCCAUUCAUCAGGAGCCCACGGCGGAGCAGGGAGAGAGAGUAGGCUUCUUGUACACGGUGGAGAGAAAGAUAUACACUUUUUGAAAUGAGAGGAAAAAGAGAGGAAGGGAAAAAUGCUGUUUGCAUGUCCUCAUGUAGGAAACAUGUGAGGGGCGCUUGGUGCAGAGAUGUGCUCCCAGGAGGCCUUGCUUUCAUCACUGGCUGGCCCCGUUCCUCAGCGCUGACAUACGAUUCGUCAUGUCAGAGCCCAAAGAGGGAAUGAGACUUGCAAAUAGCAGCAGGAAAGAUAAACAUGAGGCAAGGCUAGGAGACCAUCAGAUCUUUCCUACAAGCUGCUUUAGCUGGAUUUCAGACCUUUUAGUUCCGUUAGAUUCUCCCUUAAGUUCUUAUGUUUCAAGCUUUACUUGUCACAUGCACAAGUACAGUGAAAUGCUUAACUUGCAAGCCCUUCCCAACAGUGCAGUAUUCAAUAUCAAAAUAGGAUUUAAAAAAACUGGAGAAAUGAGAAAGGAAGAAAAAAACUGGAGAAUUGAAGCUAUACAUCUUUACAGGGUCAGUGCCAGUACCACAUUUAAAAUGUGCAAGGAUACUGGACAUUGUAAAUUUGCUACUGGCACUGACCUGGGAUAAACCUAGCAAGUUAACGAGUGAGUACAUUUUUAGGAACAUAAGGUGAGUUGAUUUAAUGUAGUCUCACCCUGGGUGAUAACAUCUUGUUCCCAGGUAACGUUGUGUUUGGCGAGCCAAUCACGGCCAGCCUUGGGACUGACGGGACACACUAUUGGAGCAAGAACUGGGCCAAGGCCGCCUCCUUUGUGACAUCACCCCCCCUCAGCCCGGACCCAACCACCCCAGACUACCUGAACACAUUACUGGCCAGGUAAAGAGCGCCCCCUGUUGACUGUAUGUCACUCCACUGACCUAUCAUGUCCUCGCUGCAUCUUUCCUCUCUGUGUUCUAUGUCAAUUGAAGGGUGCAAACAUAUUAGACUGAAAGGGUUCUGGAGGCGCUUCUAACCUCAUGAUGGAUUUAUUAUUUAUUGAACCUUUAUUUUGACAGGGAGUCAUGCUGAGACCAAGGUCUCUUUUACAGAUCAAUACACAUCAAUAUACACUAUACACAUCAAUAGACAUCAAAAUACACAUCCAAAUACACAUCAAUAUACACAUUAAUAUACACAUCAAUAUACACUAUACACAUCAAUAGACAUCUAAAUACACAUUAAUAUACACAAAAAUAUACACUAUACACAUCAAUAUACACACUGAUAUACACUAUACACAUCAAUAGACAUCAAAAUACACAUCAAUAUACACCUUGAUAUACACUAUACACAUCAAUAUACACAUUGAUAUACACUAUACACAUCAAUUAACAUCAAAAUACACAUCAAUAUACACCUCGAAAUACACUAUACACAUCAAUAUACACAUCAUUAUACACAUCAAUAUACACUAUACACAUCAAUAUACACAUCAAUAUACACUAUACACCUCAAUAUACACAUCAAUAUACACUAUACACAUCAAUAUACACCAUACACAUCAAUAUACACCUCAAUAUACACUAUACACAUCAAUAUACACUAUACACAUCAAUAUACACACCAAUAUACACAUCAAUAUACACAUAUGGUUGCACAAGUUGGUCUGUUUGUCUGUUAGGAAUGUAAGAGUGCUGUGUAAGAAAGGGAAGACAUCUAUAGCUGGAAAGAGGAGACCUUGGCACUUGACUCAGAGUAAUCUAUCUACUUUAGUCCCAGCUCUGCUGUGUUGUCUCAGCUAUUCCAGCUGGAUGUGAGCUUUUCCAGCUUUUCUGUAUGGAAUAAACUUUUUCCAGUUUGACAUUUACAUUUAAGUCAUUUAGCAGACACUCUUAUCCAGAGCGGCUUACAAAUUGGUGCAUUCAACUUAGGAUAGCCAGUGGGACAACCACCCUUUCCCCCCUAGAAGGAUUGCUGUUAUACUAUUCCAGGUAUUCCUUAAAGAGGUAGGGUUUCAAGUGUCUCCGGAAGGUGGUCAGUGACUCCUUAAGGCAGGGGUGUUAAACUAAUUCCACAGAGGGCUGAGCGUCUGCAGGUUUUAGUUUUUUCCUUUCAAUUAAGCCCUAGACAACCAGGUGAGGGUUCCUUACUAAUCAGUGACCUUAAUUCAUCAAUCAAGUACAAGGGUGGAGUGAAAACCUGCAGGCACUCGGCCCUCCGUGGAAUGAGUUUGACACAUGUGCCUUAAGGGAUCGUAGAUAACAGCUAUGAAGUAAAGCAAUUAUUUCAGGUCUGAAGCAGUACCUGUCAGAGUUUUACUCUGGAAGAGUGUUUUAAUAAUUGAAUCUGCUGCUGAAAGCCACUGUUGUGUGCGAUGUACAACAUACUGCAUCUCAACACAUUUCUUACUACUGUUAUCUGCUAAAUGACUAAAAUGUAAUGUAAUGUAAAUAGCAUGUUUCAGCUGCACAGCCAUGGCUAAGUUUUCUCUCUCUCUCUCUCUCUCUCUCUCUCUCUCUCUCUCUCUCUCUCAUUCUCUCUCUCUCUCUCCUCUCUCUCUCUCUCUCUCUCUCUCUCGCUCUAUCUCUCUCUCUCUCUCUCAUCUCUCUCUCUCUCUCUCUCUCUCUCUUCUCUCUCUCUCCCUCCCUCCCAGUGGUGACCUGAACGUGACUGGCAGUGCCCACUGCACCUUCAGCGUGGCCCAGAAGGCCAUAGGGAAGGAUGACUUCACUCAGAUCCCUGAGGGUGUGAACGGAGUGGAGGAGAGGAUGUCCCUCAUCUGGGAGAAGGCUGUGGUGAGGAUGGAUGGAUCGAUGGACACCUGUCUGCAUUGCAUAUGUCUCUCUCUCUUUCUUUGCAUGCGUCCAAAAAAGCACCCUAUUCCCUUUAUAGUGCACUACUUUUGACUUGGGCCCAUAUGGCUCUGGUCAAAAGUGUACUAUAUAGGGAAUAGGGUGCUAUUUCGAAUGCAUACUCCGAGUCGGUAUUCAUGUCAUAAUAAGGAAUUCCCAUCGACCAUGCCCACAAAUUGGGGAAAGCAAACAUUAUUUUCCAUUGACCCCCAGUGUGAUUUUUUUAAAUACUUAAAUUGUGGGGACCUGUUGUCCAAGUAGGCUACACAUAGCUAUGUGUGUGGAAAACAUUUCAUUACAGGUAAGAUAUUUAACUUGUUUAGUAUAGUCCGUGUGUAACUCCACUCACUACUUGUAGCUGUAUAGUCCGUUUGUUUGUGUUGUUGGUCUUGGUUAGCUUAAUGUUCUGGUUGGUAGCUAGCUAGCACUCACUCACGGUGCUCAUGAAAAGGGGCAUGAGGGAAGCCCUACAAUAUUUAGUUUUUCUAAGUAGUGAAAACACUUGGGAGCAGACAAUGUUGAAAGUAAUCUUUCCUUACAAAUAGUUUUGUAAUUGACUUAAACAAGCAGACAACAAGAACAUUAUUAAAAAAUUGUCAAGUUUUUGCUGUGAGCCAAUGGGGUAUAUUUUGCUGUGAGACAUGGGUUGUUUUCCCCCAAGGUGGGCGGGGCCACAACGUUCUAUUUAAUCCCGACUGGGACCAUCCUGUCUCUUUGUUUCAUGUCCUUGUUUUCUCAGCUUCGCUAUCCCUCACUAACCCUCUCUUUACAUUGUUCCCUCUGAACCAUUUUAGCUACUCUGAGUACUUCCUCCAGUUAAUGCUGCACAUUCUCCACAGUUCACUGCAGCUCCUCCUCUGUCCUCUUCCCUAAUGCCUCUGGUAGUGUGGUUUAGUGUUUCUAUGACUACUCUUGUUUUCGCUCUCUAUCUCUGGAUCUGUCCCCCCACAAUAUAACAGUAUAGAUCUAUUUUUUUUUCUCCUAAUUGUUGUUCUUGCUCAUUCAUGUGCAAACAGACUUGGGUUUGUAUUUUCUUGACAGCUGUGUUAUGAAUGAAGAGUUGUGGUGCAGCUUUGCCUCAGAAUUAUGGCAAAAAACACAUGGUCUCAGCUCUAGCAUUGACAGGGUGUGUGUGUGUGUGCGUGCGUGUGUGUGUGUGUGUGUUCUUGCGUGCAACUACAAGAGUACCACCACCCACCAGUCAGCUUGAAAAGCGUCUUUAUUUAACUUCUUUGUUUAGGUAGCACUUCACCAUUAUAACAUUUUGACAAGUCAGCAUUUUUUCCUGCUCACUCAGACCACUGGCAAGAUGGACGAGAACAUGUUUGUUGCUGUGACGAGCACCAACGCCGCCAAGAUCCUAAACCUGUACCCCCGUAAGGGCCGGAUAGCUGUGGGCUCCGAUGCUGACCUGGUCAUUUGGGACUCAGAUGCUGUCCGCACCAUCACCGCCAAGACACACAACUCGGUAAGAGGUCAAAGGCUAGGGGAGAAGAAAGUUCACAUGUAUUUAUUUUUUAGGGAAAGUGGUUUUGCCUCUGGAAGCAACGUCAGCACAAGAACUGUUCGUCGGGAGCUUCAUGAAAUGGGUUUCCAUGGUCAAACAUAAAAGACUUAAAAACAUGAAACAUACAUGAACUAUUGACAGCGACUACAAAUCAAAUCAAAUCAAAUUUUAUUGGUCACAUACACGUGUUUAGCAGAUGUUAUUGCGGGUGUACCGAAAUGCUUGUGCUUCUAGUAAUAUCUAACAAUUUCACAACAUAUACCCAAUACACAAAAAUCUAAAUAAGGAAUGAAUUAAGAAUAUAUACAGUGAGGGAAAAAGUAUUUGAUCCCCUGCUGAUUUUGUACGUUUGCCCACUGACAAAGAAAUGAUCAGUCUAUAAUUUUAAUGGUAGGUUUAUUUGAACAGUGAGAGACAGAAUAACAACAGAAAAAUCCAGAAAAACGCAUGUCAAAAAUGUUAUAAAUUGAUUUGCAUUUUAAUGAGGGAAAUAAGUAUUUGACCCCUCUGCAAAACAUGACUUAGUACUUGGUGGCAAAACCCUUGUUGGCAAUCACAGACGUCAGACGUUUCUUGUAGUUGGCCACCAGGUUUGCACACAUCUCAGGAGGGAUUUUGUCUCACUCCUCUUUGCAGAUCUUCUCCAAGUCAUUAAGGUUUCGAGGCUGACGUUUGGCAACUCGAACCUUCAGCUCCCUCCACAGAUUUUCUAUGGGAUUAAGGUCUGGAGACUGGCUAGGCCACUCCAGGAUCUUAAUGUGCUUCUUCUUGAGCCACUCCUUUGUUGCCUUGGCCCUGUGUGUUUUGGGUCAUUGUCAUGCUGGAAUACCCAUCAACGACCCAUUUUCAAUGCCCUGGCUGAGGGAAGGAGGUUCUCACCCAAGAUUUGAUGGUACAUGGCCCCGUCCAUCGUCCCUUUGAUGCGGUGAAGUUGUCCUGUCCCCUUAGCAGAAAAACACCCCCACAGCAUAAUGUUUCCACCUCUAUGUUUGACGGUGGGGAUGGUGUUCUUGGGGUCAUAGGCAGCAUUCCUCCUCCUCCAAACACGGCGAGUUGAGUUGAUGCCAAAGAGCUCGAUUUUGGUCUCAUCUGACCACAACACUUUCACCCAGUUCUCCUCUGAAUCAUUCAGAUGUUCAUUGGCAAACUUCAGACGGGCCUGUAUAUGUGCUUUCUUGAGCAGGGGGACCUUGCGGGCGCUGCAGGAUUUCAGUCCUUCACGGUGUAGUGUGUUACCAAUUGUUUUCUUGGUGACUAUGGUCCCAGCUGCCUUGAGAUCAUUGACAAGAUCGUCCCGUGUAGUUCUGGGCUGAUUCCUCACCGUUCUCAUGAUCAUUGCAACUCUACGAGGUGAGAUCUUGCAUGGAGCCCCAGGUCGAGGGAGAUUGACAGUUCUUUUGUGUUUCUUCCAUUUGCGAAUAAUCGCACCAACUGUUGUCACCUUCUCACCAAGCUGCUUGGCGAUGGUCUUGUAGCCCAUUCCAGCCUUUUGUAGGUCUACAAUCUUGUCCGUGACAUCCUUGGAGAGCUCUUUGGCCUUGGCCAUGGUGGAGAGUUUGGAAUCUGAUUGAUUGAUUGCUUCUGUGGACAGGUGUCUUUUAUACAUGUAAAAAGCUGAGAUUAGUGUGCUCCUAAUCUCAGCUCGUUACCUGUAUAAAAGACACCUGGGAGCCAGAAAUCUUUCUGAUUGAGAGGGGGUCAAAUACUUAUUUCCCUCAUUAAAAUGCAAAUCAAUUUAUAACAUUUUUGACAUGCGUUUUUCUUGAUUUUUUUGUUGUUAUUCUGUCUCUCACUGUUCAAAUAAACCUACCAUUAAAAUUAUAGUCUGGUCAUUUCUUUGUCAGUGGGCAAACGUACAAAAUCAGCAGGGGAUCAAAUACUUUUUUCCCUCACUGUACAUAGAUGGACGAUGUAAUGACACAAAACAUUUCCUGAGCUAAUAAUGUAAAAAAUAAUACAUAAAAAAACAAAAUACCGCAACGUUUCCUAAGAGCCAGUCGCAUAGGGGGAUACAAUGAAUGCAAGAGACUGAAUACACCAAAGUGGAGGAGUCCUCACAUGAUAGUCAGCAUCUCAAUGACCUUAUAGUGCAUUUUACAUUUAAGCCAUCAAUGUGCCAGGGUCCGUCAGGUCACUGUGGUUUAACAGGACAAGGAGGAGUGUCUGUUAAACCACAUAUGUGCUGACAGUCACAUCAUAGCAGGCUUGGUGAAAUCUGUCUGCUGGUUAUUGUGGACAUUCCGUUUUUGUCAGAGAUCUGCGCCGCUGCAAGGGAAACAUGGUUUUCCAACGCUGGCGUGCUUCCAGUGACCUUUCAGUUUCUCCGAAUGGAAAUGAACUCCCUGUAGACUCCCUGCACACAGGAGCCCAGAGCGUACACUACAGUGCUGGGUUAAACACAGGAAGUGUCCACUCAGGAAAUCAAGCUCUUCCUGCUGCAGACACAGCGAACGAGGGAGUGAGCGAGAGAGAAAGAGACAGAGAGAGCUAAGAGAAAAGCUGAAUAGUACAAUGAAGAGGUGUGGAAAGACAGAAACACGGAGAGAGUUAGAGAACGACAAAGAGAGGAGGAGAAAGAAAGAGUUGGAAAAAGAUGGGACAAGUUUUCAAUGGCUUUUCCAUACAUGGUAAAGAUCCAGCGAGACCCAAGGUUCUUGCAUAAUGAUGUCAGCUUGUCAUUUCCUGCUUGUAGCCCCUCCAGACAACAGAACAAGCACAUAAGAACACAGAACAAGGGCUCCUGUCCAUGUUAAUGAUGGCUACGGUGAUCUAAGGUGCACGGUAGUUAAGUGCUUUACAACCUAUCUGUGUAUCCCUCCCUCUGUAGUAAAUGCAAGUAUCUGAAAUGUUUUGAUCUGGUUAGCUUUGUUUAUGUUGUUGCACAUAGAACACAGCCGUGACAUCAUACUUGGUAGACAUGGAGCCUUAUGUCCAGUCUAGAGGAGGCUGGUGGGAGGAGCUAUAGGAGGACGGGCUCAUUGUAAUGGCUGGAAUGGAAUCAAUGGAACAGAGUCAAACAUGUGGUUUCCAUAUGUUUGCUGUGUUUGAUACGGUUCCAUUAAUUCCAUUCCAGUCUUUAAAAUGAGCCCGUCUUCCUAUAGCUCUUCCCACCAGCCUCCUCUGGUCCUGUCCUGGCCUGAAUCUGUAACACACUAAACAGCAGGGCCGUGUGCACAGGAACACACAGACCAUAGAAGAGAAGGGGGCAACAGAUUGCAAAAAACGAUGUUGAGAGAGACAGAAUGAUAGACGGAACAAGAGAGUUUAGUGGCAGGAGAAUAGAAAGAGGGGGAAUGGAUCAGAGAGGACCAGCGAGAGUGAAGGAGAGUAGGAAGAAAGUGGGAGAGAAAGUGGUAGAGAGGAUAGAGAAGAGAGAGAGGGAGGCGGGAGAAGUAGAGAGAGUAGAGAGAGUAGGCGAGUAGAGAGAGUAGAGAGGGUAGAGAGAGAGAGGAGAGAGAGAGGGAGAGAGAGGUAGACGGGAGAGAGAGGAGAGAGAGAGAGAGAGAGUAAGCUAGAGAAGUAGAGAGAGAGAGGGAGAGAGAGAGGAAGAGAGAUGGAGAGAGAGGAGGCGAGAGGAGAGAGCGAGAGAGAGAGAGGAGAGGAGAGAGAGAGAGAGAGAGAGAGAGAGAGAGAGAGAGAGAGAGAGAGAGAGAGAGAGAGAGAGAGAGUGUAGAGAGAGUGAUGCUUGGAGUCAUAAGCCCCAGCUGUGCGAUGGCAGCUGUUUGUCUUUAUAUGCCAAAUGGAGGUGUAUGAGAAACAGGCCGACUGGAUGAUGAGGAAUUAAGAGGAGGUGGAGGAGGAGGAGGAGGAGGAGGGUUAUUUCUCUCUCUUCUCCAACACAUUGUUAAUAAAGGCAGAACCAUCGUCUUAUCUCUACAGAGACGGCCUGCCUGCCUACCCAGCCGCCCGACAACCCGCCUCCUCUUUUCCUCUGUCCCCACAGCCAAACUGGGUCUGUAUCUCCAUGACUCUACUUCCCUCAAUACGUUCUCUGUCUUACUACAACACAUAGAAUGGCCUCUCAUCAGACCAGUUUAAAGAGCGAUAUGUCCAAAUCUGAUUUACUUCAGUGGAAUUAGCCGGCUCUUCAUCUGAAUUAGUGUUUCGGCUCAUAAUGUAAAUCACAGACAGUCUUUGGUGCGUGAGGGCAUGCGUUUCAGAGUCCCUUUAUUGUUAAUUUUUUCCAUACAUGUAAACUCUCCGGCUCCAUUUGUGUCAGACGAGUGACUGUCAGACUGCAGAAAACUGGAAAUAGUUGCGUUUACGUGGGAGCCGGUUGCUUCUGCAUUGCUGUAUUGUCAUUUCCUCUGCUUGAAAGAGCGUUAUGAGCACUUGAAAGGUAAUGCAGCUGCUCAUCGUUUGUUGAACUGGGUUGUGCUUGUGAAUCGCUACAGUAAGGAACAGCAGCAUAACAGAAUGUACUGGGGUGCAACAGAGGGAAAAGUAGGCUAGAGUUUUUGUUUUUGUCAUUUUGUCAUUUGUCAUUCUCCUCUCUUUAGUUGGCCUAACACCACUGACCAAGACAUACAAUAUCCAGUUAAAGAUGCACUAUGGUUGCUAAAAUUGCACUAUUUCCUGGUUGCUAAAAUUGUAAUAGUUCGCCUAAUUUCAGUUUAUGUGACAAAAAAAGCAAGUAUAGUGUAGAAAAUCAUUGUACUGCUGUGAAAUAUAUUUUCCAUAACCAAAAAUAUUGUAUUUUCAGCUGUUUGAAGCUGGUGUACAAAACCGAAACACAUAGAACAGAUACAUCUCAUUCCAAAAUCAUGGGCAUUAAUAUGGAGUUGGUCCCCCUUUUGCUGCUAUAACAGCUUCCACUCUUCUGGGAAGGCUUUCCACUAGAUGUUGGAACAUUGCUGCGGGGACUUGCUUCCAUUCAGCCACAAGAGCAUUAGUGAGGUCGGGCACUGAUGUUGGGUGAUUAGGCCUGGCUCGCAGUCGGCAUUCCAAUUAAUCCCAAAGGUGUUCGAUGGGGUUGAGGUCAGGGCUCUGUGCAGGCCAGUCAAGUUCUUCCACACCGAUCUCGACAAACCAUUUCUGUAUGGACCUCGCUUUGUGCACAGGGGCAUUGACAUGCUGAAACAGAAAAGGGCCUUCCCCAAACUGUUACCACAAAGUUGGAAGCACAGAAUCAUCUAGAAUGUCAUUGUAUACUGUAGAUUUAAGAUUUCCCUUCACUGGAACUAAAGGGCCUAGCCCGAACCAUGAAAAACAGCCCCAGACCAUUAUUCCUCCUCCACCAAACUUUACAGUUGGCACUAUGCAUUCGGGCAGGUAGCAUUCUCCUGGCAUACGCCAAACCCAUAUUUGUCCAUUGGACUGCCAGAUGGUGAAGAGUGAUUCAUCACUCCAGAGUCCAAUGGCGGUGAGCUUUAAACCACUCCAACCAAACGCUUGGCGUUGCACAUGGUGAUCUUAGGCUUGUUUGCGGCUGCUCGGCCAUGGAAACCCAUUUCAUGAAGCUCCCGACGAACAGUUCUUGUGCUGACGUUGCUUCCAGAGGCAGUUUGUACCUCGGUAGUGAGUGUUGCAACUGAGAACAGACUAUUUUUACACGCUACGCGCUUCAGCACUUGCCGGUCCUGUUCUGUGAGCUUGUGUGGCCUAACACUUUGCGGCUGAGCCGUUGUUGCUCCUAGACGUUUCCACUUCACAAUAACAGCACUUACAGAUGACUGGGGCAGCUCUAGCAGGGCAGAAAUUUGACCAACUGACUAUGACGAUGCCACGUUGAAAGUCACUGAGCUCAUCAGUAAGGCCAUUCUACUGUUAAUGUUUGUCUAUCAUUUUACAUUUACAUUUUUGUCAUUUAGCAGACGCUCUUAUCCAGAGCGACUUACAGUUAGUGAGUGCAUACAUUAUUUAUUCAUAUUUUUUUCAUACUGGCCCCCCGUGGGAAUUGAACCCACAACCCUGGCGUUGCAAACGCCAUGCUCUACCAACUGAGCUACAUGCCAGCCAUACCCUCCCCUACCCUGGACGACGCUGGGUCAAUUGUGCGCCGCCCCAUGGGUCUCCCGGUAGCGGCCGGCUACGACAGAGCCUGGAUUCGAACCAGGAUCUCUAGUGGCACAGCUAGCACUGCGAUGCAGUGCCUUAGACCACUGCGCCACUCGGGAGGAGAUUGCCUGGCUGUGUGCUCGAUUUUAUACACCUGUCAGCAACGGGUGUGGCUGAAAUAGUCGAAUCCACUAAAUUGAAGGGGUGUCCACAUACCUUUGGAUAUAUAGUGUGUACUGCUUCUUAGACUUGCUUUCUUUCAAUGAGAAUGGCAGAUCUAUAACUCACAUUUUUGUGUGAAUAUGGUCGGGUCGCACAAAAAGUUAUAUAUUGCAGCUUUAAUGUAUAACGUGUGUGUUUGUCUGUGUGUGUUUGACUGUGUGUUUGUUUGUGUGUGUUUGACUCAGUGUGUAUUUGACUCUGUGUGUGUUUGACUCUGUGUGUGCACAUGUGCCUGCGGUCAUGUCUCUGCUUGUGUGUUUUCAAGGCUGCUGAGUACAAUGUGUUUGAGGGCAUGGAGCUCCGUGGUGCCCCCUCGGUGGUGAUCUGCCAGGGGAAGCUGGUGCUGGAGGAUGGGAACCUGCACGCCACCUCCGGGGUCGGCCGCUUUAUCCCCUGCAUCCCCUUCCCGGACUUCGCCUACAAGCGCGUCAAGGCCAGGAAGCAGGUAAAAGAUGCUCACCUCUCUCCUUACUUUCUAGUCAACAUCUGAGUAACUGUCUCUGGACUCUGAGUAACUGUCUCCAUUUUAUACAAUUAUUGAACAAUAUAAAAGUAUUUCCAAUGAACAUAUUCCCAACGCUUCAGUUCUGUCUUAGAAUACGUUUUAUAUGGAUUGUUUUGUCACGGGACAGUGUUAGUAUGUGACACUGAGCCAAGGUAAAGGACUGUGAGGUCUGUGAGGCGGCAUGUAGCCUAGCGGUUAAGAGCGUUGGGCCCGUAAACGAAAGGUUGCUGGUUUGAAUCCUUGAGCCAACCAGGUGAAAAAUCAGUCAAUGUGGAUAACAGUUGCUUAAUGACUAAUAAAAAAGGUCAGUGAGUUGGGGACAUCUGUGAGUGUUUUCUCAGUGGUUAGGGAUUAAUCAGCACUAAUCUGAUGCAGAGCUGAGAUGAGCCAUCCAGCACCGACAAACAUGGAAGAUGGCACUACAGCUUUCCAUUAAAGACAGCUUAGCUUUACGCAAAUGCACAAUGCUGCUGUGGCUCAGCCCAUGCCACACAUCAUCAGACUUACCAUCAAUCUCAAUGUACUUUACAUACCUGAAUGGUAAUCCGAAGUGUGUUCAAUGGAGUCAGAUUGUAAUCAGAUUGCUUAGCUGUUUAUCACACCAACCCGAACUGUACACAAAGGGCAUCUGUCCUCUCUGGCGGCAGUGGCACUGUCUGUCAUGGAAAGCACAAGAUAAAAAUAGCUAACAGAGUGUGUAAUGCAGAUGGGAAUUGCCAGAAACUGCAGUAAUGGUGUCCUAACUACCUCUAUGGGUGAUCUCAUUAUAUCCAGGAGGAAGACAGACAUUUGAUGUAGGUGAUGGAGAAUGGGGGGAUGGAAGGAGGGUAAGGGGAAUGGGGAGAUGGAAGGAGGGUAAGGGGAAUGGGGAGAUGGAAGGAGGGUAAGGGGAAUGGGGGGGAUGGAAGGAGGGUAAGGGGAAUGGGGAGAUGGAAGGAGGGUAAGGGGAAUGGGGAGAUGGAAGGAGGGUAAGGGGAAUGGGGAGAUGGAAGGAGGGUAAGGGGAAUGGGGGGAUGGAAGGAGGGUAAGGGGAAUGGGGGGAUGGAAGGAGGGUAAGGGGAAUGGGGGGAUGGAAGGAGGGUAAGGGGAAUGGGGGAUGGAAGGAGGGUAAGGGGAAUGGGGAGAUGGAAGUAGGGUAAGGGGAAUGGGGGGAUGGAAGGAGGGUAAGGGGAAUGGGGGGUGGAAGGAGGGUAAGGGGAAUGGGGAGAUGGAAGGAGGGUAAGGGGAAUGGGGGGAUGGAAGGAGGGUAAGGGGAAUGGGGAGAUGGAAGGAGGGUAAGGGGAAUGGGGGGAUGGAAGGAGGGUAAGGGGAAUGGGGGAUGGAAGGAGGGUAAGGGGAAUGUGGAGAUGGAAGUAGGGUAAGGGGAAUGGGGGGAUGGAAGGAUGGAAGGAGGGUAAGGGGAAUGGGGGGAUGGAAGGAGGGUAAGGGGAAUGGGGGGGAUGGAAGGAGGGUAAGGGAAAUGUGGGGAUGGAAUGAGGGUAAGAGAAAUUGGGGGCAUGGAAGGAGGGUAAGGGGAAUGGGGGGAUGGAAGGAGGGUAAGGGGAAUGUGGGGAUGGAAUGAGGGUAAGGGGAAUGGGGGCAUGGAAGGAGGGUAAGGGAAAUGGGGAGAUGGAAGGAGGGUAAGGGGAAUGGGGAGAUGGAAGGAGGGUAUGGGGAAUGGGGGGAUGUAAACAGGUGAUGGGGGAUGGGAGGAUGGGGUGGUAUGUGUGGGAGAUAAGUGUUAUCUCAGACUUGAGGAUUCAUCUCAGGGGCGUUGGCUGUUGGCUGUGGGUUGCAUACUGUAACAACUGACUGCCAGGGAGAGCCUGUUGUAGCAAUGUGUAAUGGUUUUGAAGGGAUACGAUGUGUCCAUGGGGUUGCUCAUAUUACUGGUGUUGGUGGAUACUCAACAGGAAGUGUGCUAUUUUAGGUGGAUAUUUCAACACAGUGGGUUAUAUUAUAUGAGUUGUGUUCUACUUGAAUGGGCUACCCUCCAAUUCUGGCAUCAUUCUGUUUUUCCCUAGACUAUAGAGAUGUUUCUUUGGUGAGACCUAUGUAUUAAUGCAAUUUUGAUCUUGGUUUCGGUAAGUGUUUUCUGAUGCUCCUAGCUCAGCUUCCAGGGAUUCCUUAGUCACAUGACCCUAGGACAGAGGACAGCUGCUGGCAUGUUCAAUAAGAAGUGAGUCUGUCAGUAAAUCUGGAAGUGCUUUCCUUAGGAAAACACUGGGUGAAAUAUGCAUUUGCACAAAGCAUUCUACAAACAACCCCAUGAAUCUAAUUCCAAACAGGUAUUGUCAUGGAGAACUGUUAUUAAGUUACCAACAGAAAUUAUUAUCUCUCUCUCUCUCUCUCUUUAUCUCUCUCUCUCGUCUAUCUCCCUCUCUUUGUCCAUCUCUCUCCUUCUCUCUCCCUCGAUCUACCCACUCUCUCUCUCUUUAUCUCUCUCCCCCCCCCCCCCCCUCUCUCAGUUGGCAGUUCUGCGGGCAGUGCCCAGGGGCAUGUAUGAUGGUCCUGUGUCUGACUUCUCGCCCAUGUCCCGUGGCGGUACACCCUCAGCGUCUGCCCGUAACUCCCCCACCAAGCAGCCUGUGAGGAACCUGCACCACUCCGGCUUUAGCUUAGCAGGUAACCCUGCACAGCGUGGUGAGCUUCAGCAACCUUUUCAUUUACCCAUCUGUCUUCCCAUCCCUGGCUGUCAUAGGAAGUGCCAGGAACCUGACCCACACACACACAUACACAAGCAAGCAAGCACACACACAUACACACAAGCAAGCACGCCCACACACACACACACACACACACACACACACACACACACACACACACACACACACACACACACACACACACACACACACACACACACACACACACACACACACACACACACACACACACACACUCAACAGUCAGCAUUGACAUAUUACAAUGCACUUCACACAUCAUACAGUAGGUCAACUUUGCCAUUUGUCUGUGAAAGUUACAAUAACUUUCAGGUGAAAUCUGACAUUUUACCAUAAUCACAUUUUAAGCCUUAAUUUCAUAAUUUGUUUGUGGUAAGUAAUGCACACAGCACAAUACUUUUGUCCCUCAGCCGUCCUGGUGCUUCCAGACAGUGCUGUUUAUGUCCUUCAGCUGUCCUGGUGCUUCCAGACAGUGCUCUUUAUGUCCUUCAGCUGUCCUGGUGCUUCCAGACAGUGCUCUUUAUGUCCCUCAGCCGUCCUGGUGCUUCCAGACAGUGCUCUUUAUGUCCCUCAGCCGUCCUGGUGCUUCCAGACAGUGCUCUUUAUGUCCCUCAGCUGUCCUGGUGCUUCCAGACAGUGCUCUUUAUGUCCCUCAGCUGUCCUGGUGCUUCCAGACAGUGCUCUUUAUGUCCCUCAGCCGUCCUGGUGCUUCCAGACAGUGCUGUUUAUGUCCCUCAGCCGUCCUGGUGCUUCCAGACAGUGCUGUUUAUGUUUCUCAAGUCAUUUUGUUAUUUCUUUACUUUCUGUCACAACAUUGAUUUGAUUGAUUUCAGCUUCACACAGAUUUAUCUUGGUUCUCUCUCUCUUUCUCUCUCUCUCUCUCUCUCUCUCUCUCUCUCUCUCUCUCUCUCUCUCUCUCUCUCGCUCUCUCAUAAUAUCUUUAUGCAUCUUAAUUAAAUAUACAGUAUGUUCUAAGAUCUUGCAUCUCACUUUCUUAGUCAUUGCCUGCCUAAUGAAGCUUGUCUAAUGAGUGGGUUGAAUGAGGCUGAUGAUAAUUUAUUUAGCUAAAGUUACAUUAUUCACAUAACCAAUAGCAGAGACUAGUUGAGUGUUGAGUGACAGGGCGAUUGUAUACAUCUGCAACCUCGUAUCACUAGGUACAACCUUUCAGGGAGGAGCCAAGUAAACAAUAGUUUAACUGGAACAAUUGAUGUGUGAUGUACUGAUGCAGGAGGUGGAGGGUGACCUGCAUUGGAAAGUAUUUAGUGAGGGUUAUUCCCAUCCCUUCCAGAGAACCAGAGAGCCUGCUUUCUUUCCCCAGCCUGUGUGUUUAUAAUACAGGCCUGGCCUAUUCACUCCCUCUGGCUUCCCACUGUUAGGCUACUAGCUACUCAUUCUGGGAAUAGACAUCCUUCUCACCCACCUCCAGUACACAAAAGAACACACACACACACACUUACACCUACGUGCACACAAACCUACAGGGUUGAUAUACUGGAUAUAUUUCUCUGUCUUCAGAUGUGAAGUAACCUUGUCUGUGUUUUGUCAUGCAGAGAGAGUGAAUUCUGCCUAGCAUUCUACAGUUCUACAGUAUACUAGACCCUGGCCUGGAGUGAGUUUAAGAUUUAAGACAGUAGGCGUAAAUCUCUCCUUGUCCAAUAUGUCAAUUUAAUCCAGGGCUAAUCCCAAUCCCGUUGGCCUUUAUUCCAGAGGUCUCCAAGGAGGGCCAAGGUCAGGUCACCUAGUUGGUUUGUCGUGUGAUGAACGAUAGUCGCUAGUGAAGGAAACUGGCUGGAGCUGGCUUUGUUAAUGGGAAGCUUAAAGAGACUGUGCUAUAAUCCUGUUUGUCUGUUAGGUCCCCCCACCACAGAGGAUGUCCGGCCAGCGGGACGCCGCAUCGUAGUUCCCCCUGGUGGUCGCUCCAACAUCACAUCCCUCAGCUAAGAGGUUGAACCAGGAGAGAGACCAGUCAGAAGAUGGCAACAGCCAUUGGGAGAAGAUGGAGACAUGAUUAGUUUAAACAAGUUAAGUUGAGUAAAACACUGAAUCCUCAUGCCUUACCAACCACAAUGCUACCUGCUUAAGCUUCUAAAAGCACAGUACUCCUCCUCCUAGGGAAUUGCAGGUCAGUCACUAGAACAAAAUAUUAAUACAUUUGUUUACAAAAAGAUUGGGUUUGCAUGCUCUGGAAUAACAGGAGCAUGUUCAUAACCAGAAUAUAGGUGAUCAAUUUGUAUUACUGUCCCUCACUGUCUACAUUAGUAAUUGUGUCAACUGUGUAUUGACAGUUUAGGCUGUACUCUGAAUCCAUAAUAUAGUUAAAUAAACCUCAUGAUACCAAUUUCCACAGUGUUCUGAUGCUUGUUACCUAGGAAAAGUAAUACUGCCUUUUUCUUCCACCAUGUUUGGCUUUCAAUAUCACCCUUUUUGAGUACUAGUCUGCAGAUAUAGUUCCCUAGCAAUGUAAUAAUAACAUGCAGUAACGACCAUUACUGCUAGGUGGCAUUGUGAGUACGUAUGGUAGCUGUAACGUAGCUUUGUGAAUGAUGUUGUCGCUGCCUCCCUGGGUUGUUGAACCAGGAGUGACAGUCAUUAAAUAUUGUCUUGUUUCUUAUUCUUUUUCUUGAAGAUUAAAACUAAUCUGGUAAUACAAUAGCAUGUUAUAAGGUAGAAAUGGUUGUCAUGUUUAAUUUCCCCCUGCGCUCCGUUCCAUCCUGGCUAUAGAUUACAUUGCGAGAAACCGUCCUUUGCAUUUGCUUCAAGCUUAAUGCCUUUUCCUAUUCAUACCGUUUAGCAAGUCAACUGGGUGGUAAAAAAGGAAAAUGUAACCCUUGCACAAGAAGUAAAACCAAGCUUAACUUCCAAGGCCUGGGUCGUGAAAUUGUAAUUCUGAGCUUUGUGAACAUUAAUACAUAAAAAAAAAAAAUAUGAUAAAAGUAACAAACCUUUGAAAUAACAGUAAUUUAUCUCUGGUUUUAUUUCUAUUUUCCUGACAAUGCGGGCUCUCGUUUUGAAGCAACAGACCGUCAUACCCUGCAUUCAACAACAAAACCUUGGAACAUAAUGUUGUGCUGGUUUAGAUCGCAACACUCCGAAGGUCUCCACAUUGCUGUACACUUUAGCUGACUGACAGCCCUUGGUUUGGUAACUAACUAACACCAAGGGGAGUACAGACAGGCGUAACCCUGGGUCUUUUCUAUGCUUCUGGUCUGUCUACCUGUCCCAGACAAAGCAUGGGAUUGUAGUAUGUUUUUAGAAUGAGGCGAGGAGGAGGAGGAUGAGAGCUUUAUUUUUGCCAUCCCAAUCAGCUGAGGAAGAGGUCGUGAGGAGGUUGUUGUGUUUUAUUGAGUGAUGAUGUGGAAUUCCAAGCAAUCCAAGUGGUGAUUAUAUUUAUGUUAGUUUGACUUGAUCUUUUUUAUAGUUUUUAUGUUAUUUUUUUACUGUUGUAUCAAAACCCAGAGAAGGCAGGUCAAAACAACAUUGAGGUGUGAUGUGGUGGUAUGAACUGUUCCUGAAUAAACAUGAGUUGCAACUGA